CCUCGCGAGCGAAGUCGCGAGCGGCCGAGCGCUAUUUUCGGGGACUGUCGGGCAGCGUUCGCGGAGUUUCAGAUCAGACCGCGGUGGAAGCGAGUGGCAGCGAGUAGCAAAUGGUGGACGGUGUGUGACCCUCGUCGUGGUUAACAUCAGAUACACAGACAUGUGGUUGCGUACAUUCAAGUAGACGGUGCGUUCUCGGGACUGAGCGACGUUUCGCAUCUGCAUUUCUGACGUGAGCGCGAGCGACAGUGUCAGGUCAAAAUGUAUAAGGCAAGGACAAUAUUCAGAACGCUGGCCCCCUUGGCGCCGCGCAUGUGCGGGCCCGAAAGAUACGCAUCCUGGGUGGUCCGCAGUCAUCCCUUGACCAGGACCAGUCAGGUGAUUUUUACGGAGCCCGCGCGCAAAUACAACAGCCGGGCGGCAACCGAACCCUUCUUGAAUGGCAGCUCCAGCUCUUACGUGGAGGAGAUGUACAACGCGUGGCUGCAAGAUCCGAACAGCGUGCAUGUGUCAUGGGAUUCCUUCUUUCGAAACAGCACCGCUGGAGCUUCCCCAGGAUUCGCGUAUCAGGCACCACCAUCCCUCGCUCCAAGUUACAACCAAGUACCACUCGGAGCGUUGUUGCCACUGGGUGGCGGGACGCAACUCGGUCAGGCGCCAGUUAAUGAAAAAAUUAUUGACGACCAUCUAGCGGUGCAAGCUAUUAUUCGUUCUUAUCAGAUACGUGGCCAUCAUAUCGCUAAAUUGGACCCACUCGGCAUCAACAGCGCUGAUCUUGAUGAUAGACAUCCGCAAGAAUUACUCUAUACCCAUUAUUCAUUCGGGAAGAGACCACGCACUACUUUCUCGCAGGAACUUCAAUACCGAGUAGCCGUCCUAAUGAAAAAGGAGUCGGACAUGGAUCGUGUUUUCAAAUUGCCAUCCACUACGUUUAUCGGCGGCAAGGAAAAAUCAUUGCCGUUGCGUGAGAUCCUGAAGCGACUCGAGUCCGCUUACUGUGGUCACAUAGGUGUCGAGUUUAUGUUCAUCAACUCCUUGGAGCAAUGCAAUUGGAUCAGGCAAAAGAUGGAAACGCCCGGAGUCAUGGAAGUAACGAAUGACGAGAAGAGGCUCAUUUUAGCCAGAUUGACACGCGCAACCGGAUUCGAAGCAUUUUUGGCGCGCAAAUGGUCCUCCGAGAAGAGAUUCGGUUUGGAGGGUUGCGAAAUUUUGAUUCCAGCUAUGAAGCAAGUGAUCGAUAAGUCUACGGAACUGGGAGUUGAGUCGAUUGUCAUGGGUAUGCCUCAUCGUGGUCGCCUCAAUGUUCUCGCUAAUGUCUGUCGUAAGCCAUUGAGUCAAAUUUUCACACAGUUUGCUGCGCUCGAAGCCGCCGAUGAUGGUUCCGGCGAUGUAAAAUAUCAUUUGGGCACGUACAUUGAGCGUCUUAAUCGAGUGACGAACAAGAACAUUCGUCUCGCCGUGGUUGCAAAUCCAUCGCAUUUGGAAGCUGUAGAUCCGGUGGUUCAAGGCAAAACACGCGCCGAGCAGUUCUACCGUGGCGACGGCGAAGGCAAAAAAGUCAUGUCCAUUCUUCUUCACGGAGAUGCUGCGUUCUGCGGUCAAGGCAUUGUCUUCGAGACAAUGCAUCUAUCUGACCUGCCUGAUUACACCACUCACGGCACUAUUCACAUUGUUGUGAAUAAUCAGAUCGGUUUUACUACCGAUCCGAGGCAUUCACGAUCGUCGCCGUACUGCACUGAUGUGGCUCGAGUGGUGAACGCACCUAUCUUCCACGUGAAUUCCGAUGAUCCCGAAGCUGUGAUGCACGUGUGCAAAGUAGCGGCGGAAUGGAGGGCUACCUUCCACAAAGACGUCGUGAUCGAUUUGGUCUCCUACAGGCGCAAUGGUCAUAAUGAGAUUGACGAGCCGAUGUUCACGCAGCCUCUGAUGUACCGUAAGAUCAAGAACACUUUGUCAGCCCUUGACAAAUAUGCCAACUCGCUCAUUGAAAAUAGUGUUGUCACACAAGAAGAAGUUAAGGAUGUCAAAGACAAAUACGAAAAGAUCUGUGAAGAAGCAUAUAACAACGCCAGGCAGGAGACGCAUAUUAAGUACAAAGACUGGUUGGAUUCACCGUGGUCAGGUUUCUUCGAAGGAAAGGACCCGUUGAAAGUUUCGCCCACUGGUAUCAAGGAAGACACUUUGAUACAUAUUGGAAAAAAAUUCUCAUCACCGCCACCGAAUGCCGCUGAGUUUGUCAUCCAUAAAGGUAUCGAGCGUAUUUUGAAGUCUCGCAUGGAAAUGAUCGAGGCUAGAACCGUCGACUGGGCUCUCGGCGAAGCUAUGGCUUUUGGAUCUCUCCUCAAGGAAGGUAUUCACGUUCGUUUGUCAGGUCAGGAUGUGGAGAGAGGCACAUUCUCUCACAGGCAUCAUGUACUGCAUCAUCAGACUGUUGAUAAGGCGACUUAUAGGCCACUCUGCUAUCUGUAUCCUGAUCAGGCACCUUACACUGUGUGCAACAGUUCUUUGUCUGAAUUCGGUGUCCUCGGAUUUGAGUUGGGCUAUUCUAUGACGAAUCCUAAUGCGUUGGUAUGUUGGGAAGCUCAAUUUGGAGACUUCAACAAUACGGCGCAAUGUAUAAUUGAUCAGUUCAUCAGUAGCGGUCAAGCUAAAUGGGUUAGGCAAUCCGGUCUCGUAAUGUUGCAACCACAUGGUCUUGAAGGAAUGGGUCCCGAGCACUCUAGUGCUCGUCUGGAGCGUUUCCUUCAAAUGUCUGCCGACGAUCCGGAUUACUUCCCACCGGAGAGCGAGGAAUUUGCUGUUCGUCAGUUGCAUGAUAGCAACUGGAUUGUCGCCAAUUGUAGUACCCCGGCCAACUACUUCCACAUAUUGCGACGGCAAAUCGCAUUGCCGUUUAGAAAACCGUUGAUCCUGAUGACACCGAAAUCGUUGCUCCGUCAUCCAGAGGCUAAGUCUAACUUCGACUUGAUGCUGGAGGACACACAGUUUCUCAGAGUGAUACCCGAGGAAGGUGCGGCGACUCAGAAUCCCAACGGCGUCAAGAAGUUACUGUUCUGUUCCGGAAAGGUCUAUUAUGACUUGAAGAAAGCGCGCACGGAACGGAAGUUGGAUGAUAAGAUUGCGAUCGCGAGAGUGGAACAGAUCUCGCCUUUCCCGUACGAUCUCGUCAAGAAAGAAGCAGCUAAGUAUCCCAAUGCAGAGUUGAUAUGGUCUCAGGAGGAACACAAGAACCAAGGCGCAUGGACUUACGUGCAGCCUAGGUUCCACACAGCGCUUAACGGCACCCGAAACGUAGUUGGCGCGUCAGACACGAGUGAUCAAGGGUGGUUUGCCGGUUUGUUCUCGUCGCCCAAACCGACUAAAACCACAACUGUGUCAGAGCCGGAAUCAACGGAAUCUACUGAACCAAAGCAAAGAACAGUGAGGUACGCUGGACGUCCCACUGCAUCGUCACCCGCUACUGGGAGCAAAAUGCAACACCUCAAGGAACUCAAACAACUGCUUGACGACUCCCUCAACUUUUAAUGAUCCUGUAUAGCACUACGUGUAGAACUGAAAGUUUAUUUAUUUUUCUCAUAUUUUAAUGUAUCCAUUACUACAAUUUUGUGUCCUGCUCGACAUACACCACGGAACAGAGAUUACACCGUAGCUGUUUAAAUGAUUUCUUCGCAAUGACAACUCCUACGUUUAAGUUCGUAUGUGCGCACGAAUGUUUCAUCUGAAAUGUAAUCUUUCCGCUUGGUCAAUUUUUUUUCUUUCCAUUGAUGCAUGUGUACACAUGUACACAAUUUCACAGGCUAAACUGUGGUAGUUUUCAAUUAAUAUUAAUGCAAUUGAAUAUAUCGAUUACUAAUUUACGAUCUUUUAGCUGUACUCAUGCUACCCUACAAUCAGUUAUUCAUCUACAUGUAUAUUUCAUUCUUUUACCUACGUUUGAAUGUGAAUUUUAGGCAUUUUUCUUUAAUAAUCGACGCGGUUUUGCAUGUCUGAAUGAUACGCUAAAUGUAUGCGAUGGGACGGUAAUUUAGAUAUAUAUUAGUUUUACAAGUAUAUAUAUUUAAACGAAUGUGUAAAAAAGAAACUUGCUAGUCCAAUGAUCUACAUAAGUGUGAAACAUUCGUGCGCUCGUUGUCCUCUGUACUUCAAUCUGUUCGUACUUUGUUCUAAAUUAAUUUUGCGAGGUCGAUAAGAUUACAAAAAGGGAAAGUAUUAUUAAUUUAUGCAAUGUUACGCAGCGCGUACAUUUUAACGUGUAGUAACAAUCCUGUAGGACCUGUAGCACACUCCGGGCCGAAGAGACUGUCCAUGGCAAAAGGCUACGAAGUGCAUAUGGCGAAUUUUUUUCUGUAGUAAUUUAUUUAUGCGCCAUGAGAGGGUUACCAAUCACUUUAAUUUUUUAUCGUGGCUGUAUUUUUAUAAAAAAUUAAAUGGAUUGGCGGGUUAUGCUACGCGUUCUUGACGCGAAAAUAGUAUGACGUAGCACUAAAUACCUCGAGAUCUGUGUCUCGUUUCGACCUCGGUCGUGCCGACACGACGUUUAAAAGUGCCAGUAAUAGAAGCGCAUCGAACUCGGAUCUUCGAUUUGGGUUUGAACUUGAAAGCGCGUCACGACCGAGACCCUAGUGCUACUCCAUGGACGGUGUCGACGGAUGCAGCUCAGUAAAGAGUGUUGAGAGUAGAAGACAAAUUAGUAAUAUUUAACAGCGUCUAGCGAAUUAAUUUUAAUUAAUAAUAAUAAUUUAGCCGGGAAAGCCGCGUGACUCACGUGGGUCGCACGCGUAGCGUAGCGAAAAGGUGCGUAGUAUUUAAUAUUCUUCUAUCUGUACCGUUUGAAAGAUGGGACGAACAAAGAAAUGUUUGAGAAGCUACGUCGUCCUUGCGCUGAUCGGAGGAAAGCGUUGUACGUAUGGUAAAUAUUCGUUUUGUAUUGUCGGAAAGCGGUCGGUGAUGAGAAAGCAGUCUCAUUAUUUUGGCUUGAGAUGCAUCUGAAACGAUAGUUGUGUGAUAUCUCUAUUGAUCCAGCACGAUAUUAUUGUUAGACAGUUCACAAAAGCUACGGUACCUACCUUGUUCCUAUCCGUUGUAUCGUGUGCGUAUUUAUAACAAUGAUACCGGCGCACGUGUGUGCUUAAAAAAGAAAAUUUCUGUCAAACAAUGACACUUAAAAGUUCCAUUUAGUAAACACCGCUGAUAUUACGCCCGAUAUUGUAGUAUCUUAUUGCUGAAUUAAAUUGUCUCAUCGUCUCA